AUCAUGAGAAGAAGAAGACUUCGCCGAGACGCUUGGGAAAGCUUCUUAGAGAAUAUACCUCUACCUCUCCAGGUUCUCUGCCACCUGCUCCCUACUACUCCCUACAGAUCACAAUUUUGUCUGCGAACAUCACAGUCCAAUUAAUGAGGCCAGGCUUAAUUAUGGAUGGAGGUGAGAUUGAGAUGAGCAGAGAGGAGCUCCAGAGCUGGAUAAGAAACAAGGUGAAGAAGACAAAACCGGUCUCCUCAGAUAUGCUGGAAAAAUGCAGUCAACUGCAGUCUCUGCUGCAAAGGAGGGAGGAACAGGCUGCGAACCUCCUGAAACUUUGCGAGUCUGUGGCCGCAUGUGAGGAAACUGUGAAGAAACUUUAUUCUUUGCUGGGGUGGGAAUAUGGGGACACAGAUUAUGAUGAUGACAUCAGCCAGUCAAGCAGUGGACAAGCCUCACCGCUCUCAUGUGAGUCUGUUCACUCUGAGGCUCAGGUCCCCAGACCUCUGACUUUUGCUGGCCCUGCUUCUAAACUAAAAGACAGCAAAAAUCUAAGAGAUCUAAGAAGAAAAUACCCUCUCACUUUGAUUAGUGAACCAGUGGUGGUCUUGACAAGGCUCCCUUCAUCUGAGAUCACCAGCCCUCUACCUCCUCCAUCGCCUGAGAACUACCAGACUGAAGAUGAUUCUUUAAGCAAUGCUGGGUCAGACAUGCAGUGGGAACCAGACAGAGAUGGAAGUGAUUCUGACUUUUCUGUUUCAAGUACAAAAAAGAGGAAAAAAAGAACUAAAACAAAAGAAAAACGUGUUAAGAAUCACACAACAUAUCAGGCAAGCAAAAACACCAUCGCUAACAGCAGUGGAGCAAAGAGAGUGACUCUGAAAAGUUUCUUCAGUGCAGAAAGCAGCGCAGCAAAAACAUCAACACCACAAGCGAGUGCUAAAAGAUUGGCAGCAAACACUGCAGAAGUCACUCCUGUGACCACCAGAUCAGCUGUUUCCGAAUGCUUGGCUACAAAGACCCCUCCUGCAGUACCACAAGACGAGAUCAAUGUAAGCAUGAAGGUCCUGGCCAGAAGAAGGCCUUUGAGCUGGCAGCGAGGGACAGUUGUUGAAAUAAUAACAAAGGAUGAUGGUAGGGUGAAAUACAAGGUCAUGUUUGAGGAGAAGGGGAAGAGCCUAGUGUCUGGUCACCACAUUGCCUUUGACCACAUGCCAAAGGUGAAUCAGCUGGUUGUCGGUACGCGUGUGGUGAUCAAGACUGAAGAUGGCCAGUUCGUGCCUGGUGUCAUGGCAGAGGUCCCCAGCAGAAAAAACCGCAUGAGGUUCCUGGUUUUUAUUGAUGAUCACACUUCGCUGUAUGUUGGCUUACCUGUAAUCCACUUGGUGUGCAAACCAUUGCAGAACCCAUUGGAUGAUAUCCUGGACGAAAAGCACAAGCUUUUCAUGCAGACUUAUCUAAAGAGGUGGCCUUACCCACCCCAGUCACAGUACAGGGUUGGACAAAGUGUGAACAUAGAACGUAAUGGAUAUCUACAGAGGACUAAUGUACUGCAGACUGACUGCAGCUUGAUACAAGUUGUCUUUCUGAAUGAUAAUCACAAGGAGUGGAUAUACCGAGGCUCCAAUCGCUUGGAACAAAUGAUGAAUAUAAAUGAGAAUUCAGUCUCAAAAGGAGGACAGGAAGAAGAGUAGCACUACCUUAGUGAAUAAUCACAAUCAACAACUUGAUGGAAUAUGAAGGCGAAUACAGUAUUCUAAGUUUGCCCUGCUGUUUCUGGAUCUGGAUGCUGGAGAAAAUCCCUUCCAUUCAAACAGAUGCUAGUGCUGCAUGCUGGGUUGCAUGAUCAAUGAGUCCAGUCUCCCAGCCCAGUGGCGCUCCUGCAGACUGAGAGGGGCUUGUGCACCUGACUUCGAUGUGCUCCUGAAGGUUCUACCUCUUUGGAGUGACUGUCAAGUGUUGAACUGUCUUUCAACUAUUUUAUUUAUAAAUGUGCUAUUU